GCUAGCUAGGGCAAUUCACCAAAAGAGCUGCGGACGAUUCUUUGAGUAGGCGCCCAAUCUGCCUGCGGCACUAACGCAAUCUGUAUCGCUUAUUGUUGUGAAUGAGGGAGUGAUGACGUCAACGCUCGAAUGUCAACAAUGCAGCGAUUGAGGGUAGGCGUUCCAUUAGAAAGUAACAAACAGUAGGAGCAGAAGGAGCUGCACGUUGCACGGAUCAACAACACACACUGACAUUCACCGAAAAAAACAACGCCAAUAAUAACAACCAGGCGUCCCUUUACACAACAAAAUCGCCUAACAUUAAACCUUGUCCACGAAAUACCUACAGCUUUGGGGCUUUGAGAAACUCUACAAGGAAGUCACCAUGUGAAAAAAAAUCCUAUUUGGUAAACAGACAGAAAAAGGCUGGAUUUGCAAGAAUAAAAAUCGAAAGUUAAAAGGGUGUGAGCGGAAUGUCCAUGGAUGAGCAGACUGAAGCCCCCAUGUAUGUGUAUGAGUCAACAGUGCACUGUACCAACAUCCUCCUGAGUCUCAAUGACCAGCGGAAGCAGGAUAUCCUCUGUGAUGUCACGGUGACAGUGGAGGGGAAGGAGUUCCGAGCCCACCGAGCCGUCCUGGCUGCCUGCAGCGAGUACUUCUUACAGGUUCUGGCAGGACAGGCCAAGUAUGAAUCCAUCAGCUUGCCAGAGGAGGUCACUGCCAGGGGAUUCGGCCCAUUGUUGCAGUUUGCCUACACUGCUAAGCUGUUACUCAGCAGAGAAAACAUCCAAGAGGUCAUCCACUGUGCAGAAUUCCUGCGCAUGCACAACCUGGAAGACUCCUGCUUUCGCUUCCUGGAAGCCCAGCUCCUGAGCGAGGAAGAUGGCCUGCUCCUUUGCCGCAAGGUAGCAUCUUACCCCCAAUCCCAGGAAGAUGAAAACUCGGAGGAGGAGGAUGAGAGCAUGCAGUCCGAGACCAGCAGACUGCUGGAAGAGGAAGCCACUGCUGUGCCGAUUCCCGACGUGUUCCAGGACGGCAGGGCAGACUUUGAGAAACACGGGACAUCGGACCUCCCGCGCUGCCCCAAGUACAGGAAGUAUCAGCUGGCUUGCACCAAGCACAAUAAUGAUGUAUCACACACCAGUACCUCAGGUUUUCCAAGCACAUUCAAGGAAAUGAGCUCCGGCAGCAGCAGCAGCAAUCUGUCUUUGGGACAGAUCAAAAACGAACCUCGCGCAGAGGAGGAGAGCAUCUCGCUGUGUCUGUCGGGGGACGAGCAGGAGAAAGAGAAAGACGGCGUGGCAGAUAUGGAACUGGAUGGAAAGCAGCGCAGCCCCCUGUACGUGGACAGGCCUAAAAGCAAGUCGCCAACAUGUUUGAGGUCUUUUUUAAAAAAAGGGACCGAUCUGUUGGGUUUGCCCAGCACACCACAGCAGCUUUUUACCAACAGACCAGCCUGUCCCCAGGAAAAAGUAGAAACUCAGGGUGACCACAAAACUGACUAUGAGACAUACUCUGGGGAUAUGGGGCUGUCCGUGGCGUCUCAGAAAGAGUUUGCGGGUUUCCAAGUGGGACUACAGUUAAGGACUCUCUCGUGUGACGGAGUAUGCAAGCAGGAAUCGGAGCUGGACCGCAGGAGCGUAAUUUUUUCCUCAGUUACAGACGACCUACGGGGAACUCCGGCGCAUUCGUACCCUGGAGGGAACUCCUUAGAUACAGAACUGUCAGAACACAUGCCAAAGUGUCUGUGGGCCGGUGCUAGCCAGUCCCUUCCGUGCUCACAGACCUACUCCCCCAGCAGACUGCCCUCCGAGCCCAUGGUGCCAUGCAGGCCUCGGCCCAACACCAGCUGUCCAGUGCCAAUUAAGGUGUGUCCCCGUUCCCCUCCCUCAGAAACGAGGACCAGGACUUCUAGUUCCUGCUCUUCCUACUCCUACGCAGAAGACGGAAGUGGAGGGUCCCCUUGUAGUUUACCACAGUUUGAAUUUUCCACCUCUCCCCGGUGUCUCGCUACCGAUCAACAAGAGCAAGGUAUGGUGGGCGAGGCCAUGUAUAACCAGGUCAGGCCCAAGAUUAAAUGUGAGCAGUCAUACGGCACCAAUUCCAGUGACGAGUCUGGCUCGUUCUCAGAAGGUGACAGCGAGUCGUGCCCUGCUCAAGAACAAGGGCAAGAGGUCAAGCUUCCUUUCCCAGUGGAUCAAAUCACAGAACUUCCAAGGAAUGACUUCCAAAUGAUGAUAAAAAUGCACAAACUAACCUCGGAGCAGCUGGAGUUCAUUCACGAUAUCCGACGGAGGAGUAAGAACCGCAUCGCAGCUCAGCGCUGUCGGAAAAGGAAACUGGACUGCAUUCAGAAUCUCGAAUGUGAGAUCCACAAAUUGGUCUGUGAGAAGGACAAGCUGCUGACAGAGAGGAACCAGCUGAAAAUCUGCAUGGGAGAGCUGUGGGAGAACUUUUCAUGUCUUUCCCAGGAGGUGUGCCGGGACGUGCAGCUCAGCCCAGAGCAGAUCCAGUCCCUACAGAGGUACUGCCCAGUCCUCAGGCCAGCGGAUCAAACAGGCGCCAUCGCCAGUGCCAGCAUCAACCCAUCUUCUUCCAAGUCCCCCUCACCGGGCUCAGAACAAAGCUUCAUGAAUUCUCAGUGCGUGGGGGAAAGCAUGCAGUGCUGCACAGAACCAAGCCCCACCCAGCUUGGGGCCCAGUGGUUGCCUGGCAACGGAUCAGAAAGCUGCAUAGGAGGAGUCCCACUUGGUGAACACGACCCGGGACCUUCUCUUGAACAGUGCAAUCAGACAGUCACUGUGGACUUCUGCCAGGAAAUGACUGACAAAUGUACAACUGAUGAACAGCCUCGGAAAGACUGUACCGAAUAACCGUGGGCUUUUUGUUCUCCCCUAUGCCUGGUAGGUCAGUCCAGUUGGGUCAGUCAGCUUCUGCCAGUGUUCAUUGGGACUUUCUGUAAGAGAAAAGGUUGACACUACAGUUGUCUUGACAGCAGCAAUACUGUUCUCCGGGUAUUCUCUCCUUCAUAUAAAGAUGAGACUUUAAUCCUCAUUAUGGUGCUACACCUUGCUCUUGCAAGGAACUCAGCAGUGGCAACACUGUUUUUACAUAUUAGAAAUUCAUUCACAACAGGGAUGGGCAGAUAACAUCUCAGAUUUAAAAACCUCUAAGGACCUAGCAGCAGUUCUAUUUGUGUUCUCUCUCUCUCUCUCUCUCUCUCUCUCUCUUCCGUCUCUCUCUCUCUCCGUGGCCCAUGUCACGCCGAUGCAAACUCAGGAAAUUGUUCUGAAUGUUCAAUAUUGUUCAUAAGAUAAAUGACAGUUUCUGGAGGCAGAUCAAGAGUUUCAUACAGCAGCUAGACUGCACGUGUUCAUAUGCAAGAAUCUCUUCUGCAUCCCUCGUUUGUAGCAUUUCUGCAACUGGAACCCUUCACGUGUCUUGCUACAGAACUUUGAAUUCAAACAUUCCUCUUUUGCCUUUUACAAUGCUAAAAUGAAAAAAAGCAGUUACGUAGUUAGGUUUCCAUGCAUCAGCAAUAUCAUUUUUUUGUACUUAUUUAUAAAAUAUUAGAACGCUUGUUUGGCAGAAGGUUUAAUGUAUAUAUGUGUGGCACUGUCAUAGGGUGCCAUUUGAGCAUGGUGACUUCGGUCAUGUAAAGACUACAGAAAAAGGUUAACGUUUCAUUCACACUAGGCUUGAGUUAAGCAUCCUUACAGGGGCACACAGAUGCUGUCAAUUCUUAGUUCUGCUUUCCUGUCUAGUAUUCUUACACUCAGGAUACCAGCCUUGUUAAAAAACGAGCUGGACUGUAAUGGCCUACACAUGAGUCGAGUGUUGGAAUGAGAAAUCCAUACCAGGAAACAGAUCAUGUGAGGUGAAUAUGAACUGAUUACCUAACACUGAGUGACACAUUAAUGAGGCCUGUUAUCUCUGUUUGAAUUCAUAGCGGGCUGGUCUAUAGGGUUGCUGUCCUGAUGGAGAACAGGGUGGGUCAUGUAAAAGAUUUGAAAGGAGAAAUAACACGCUAUUUAAAAAACAAACGAGAGGGUGAGUUUUUGGCCAUGUUUCUCAUCGGUGUAACAUUAUUCGGUGUUCAUUUUAUUUCAGUUAUUGCAAACAGUUGGCGCUUUGGUAUAAACGUAUUAUAAGCUAUGCUGUAGUAUUAUCAAAAGUAUACUUCUCUUCUUACUUUGUCUUUUUUUUCUGUACUAUUAGACUUUGGUAAGUCUUAUCAGCUCCUUUAGAAAUCUUAGCACUUUUUUAUAAAAUGCUCUGAGCACUCAACAUGCAAAUUCAGCACUCCAGAACGGGGUAUUUUCUAAUCUGGAGUUUUGAAGCACUUCAUUUGGCACUUUUAAAAAUCCCACCCCCCACCCCCCGGUGGUAACAAAAUAUUUUAGUUUUCCUUGUAAACUUAUAAUCUUGUGCUAAUUUGGAAAGCAUUUGGGGUUAACAAAGAAAUUAUCAUACUUGUAGUGAUGCCUGAGAUGAUCUGGUUAAAAAUCAGACAGUCAGUAUUUCGAAUGACCAAUCUAAUUGGGAACUAUUAUAAAGAACAAAAAAAACAUAUUUAUUGCAUCUGAUCUAUUGCAUCUGAUUCUUUAAAUGCAUGCAAUAUCAUAUAGUGAUUGUUUAACUUUCAUCUAAAAUGGAAGCUUCUGGUUAUAAUGUUGAAUAAUGUAGUUCUGUGUAGUUACAGGAAUUUCUGAUACUCAUUUACACAUGUUAGCACACUUUCAUUCGAGUCCACAACAAGAGUUCUCCAGCUGGUUUUGUUCAGGAAACAACACAAAACAAAAAUACAAACUAAGCACAUUUGGUAUUUUUUAUUGUCUUCAGUAUUACAUACAAUAUAAAAGGAUUCCCACAAGUUAAACCUGACACAGUUGUAGAAUUAAGAACCAUAAAAUCCAGCAUGUCAUGACUUAAUAAUCAUUAAACUGGAAAUACAAAGCUUUGUACGUUAGAUAGCGUGUCACAAAGGGGAAUGUAGUAUUAACAUAUAUGUUUUCAUUCAGUGAACCCCUGAUGCUUGUAAAGACCUAACUGAAAGACUGGCUUGUGUCUUGGCAUGCCUAUGUGCGAUUGCUCAUUUUGAUUCCAACGGCUAUUCAACCACAGCUACUCAUCUUUUUUACAGCAGCUAUAACACAUGUGAACCUGACAUUCAUGUACAACAGGAAACACUUUUCAAGGACUGUGAACCACUGCUCACACAGCUCUACUUUUGUUAAGCUUCAGGAUUUCUAGCUAACUGUAGUUAUCAGUGACGAGUUUGUAGAAUUGUUUUAUUCUUUGUUUUUUAUUGACGUAAAUGCAUAUGUUAGUGCUUUACUGAACUGUAUUGCUAACCAACAAAACAAAUUGUUAUCAGGUAAUAAAAAGGGAGACUAGAGCGAGGUGGUGGAUCAGCUACAAAUCUGAACGUGGGUCAUUAUUGAUCCUUUGUUGAUCAUCAGUAUGAUAAUAUUAUAAAAGCACAUUCAAGUCAAGAACUCCCUUAUUUUGCUCCAGAUUGGGAUUCAUUUUUACAACACAAGGAGCCUGCAUUGAACCUGCAUUGCAAAACCAUAAGCUAUAGAUGUAUUAUUUGCAUAGCAACAAGUGUAUAGAAUGGGUCUUGCUUGUAUUUGAUCCCCUAAAUUGCUUUCCUCUGCUUUAUUUGUAUAAAACAGCACCCAGAGAAACAAGAGUGGCUGCAUAAACCCAGUGUUAGCAGGCUUUAAUAAUCUGAAUGCUUUUGAACCAGGCUUUCAUGCCACCAGGUAGACUCCUGACAAAUCUGUACUGUAUAGAGCAACCCAAAAGCAGGGUGAAGUCCACAGUGCGAAGUGAUGUUACUUUCAAAGGGAGUCUCUGGUUGCUGAAACAGGAAAGGGGUUUAUCCAGUGAAUUUAAACCCUGCCUGGGAUCUAUGUAUUGCCCUUCAUGACAGGUUUGUGCUUUGCCCCUGCUUUUAUCCUUGUCUCAUAUAAAGCUGUUUCUUUUUUUCAAGUAGUAAUCUGUAUGGUAUCGAUGAGCCUGUAUGUUGUCUCAUGGUGCCAUGACUAUAAGGUUUAAAUCCAGCAUGAUUCUGGAACAGACAUUGUUUUGAUGUUGUUGUUUUUUUUGCUGUUGCUAUUUUUACUGUAAGACUUGUCAGUGUUUGAUGCUUUUAUAUUUCAUGUUGCUCCCUUAAUUUGACCCUUUCUCAGUUAAGCAGUAUUAUUAAAGUCCAAGUACGGAGGUUAGCACACAGGCAAAACCCACACAAAGGGCUAUGUGAUGCAUUCUGUGGAUAACUAGUGUGAAAAAAUGAAUUGAGUUUCAUUUUGUUAAGCCUAUUUGCCACAUUUCUAUCUGUAUAUAUAUA